UCAUGCAUCUUCAUCCUUUCAUGAUCCUGAUAAAAACAUGACUAGGCUUCCGUAGAAUGACUGGCAUUUUUUAGGCAUUUAAGAUGAAAAGAAAUAAGAUAAAUAAAAACAAACCACACGUUGUAAAACACUAGGCUAUAAGCUCACCUCUGUAGCUGUGUUUAUUAUUUUUAUUCGGGUCAUUUUUUAUUCAUUUGCUGCGCGGCGCAUGUGCCAUGUUUUCCACGUCUCCAUGGAUCAGCUUCAUUUAAUAUUAACUCAUUCGGCGUCAAUUUGACACCCUGACACUCUUAUUUAUUUGAACAUCAGGGCAGGACCUUUACCGUGACAGCAGCAGGUAUUAAUAGGAAAGCGCCUUAUGCUUAGUUAACCCAUACACGCGGAUUAUGCAGGGUAGAUUUGGGCGAUGGACACGCUGAGGCGCGUGGAGGAGAGCAGAGCGGAGCGGCGCGUGCGGUUCCGGGUGGCGUCGGCGCGCAGCGGUAAGGUGCUGCGGGAGGUGUUCAGGGAAGACGAAGAACUGACCGAAGACUCGGCGGACUCGGACACAGCCGUUGGCUCGGAGCCUGAGCGGGCAGUCUCUCCUGCCAUCAGCGAGGCGAACGGGCAUCUGCUCGGACUGGCGGUGGAGCCACAGGACAGCGGUAGUGAUGCGGACGACCUGCUGGUAUACGCGAGCGCAGCGCAUGAGCAGCUCUUCAGCCGCAAACGCGUGAACAUCUUCAGUAAAAACGGCACGAUUCGUGGCGUGAGGGAUAAAGUGAGCGCUGGCCAAGUGCUCUUUAAUAAUCUCUCUAAACUCUAUGGGGCCAAAGAGACCAUGUCUACAAAGAAGCUGGCUGCAGGAGUGUGAAGUAAUUCACAGCCUCACAUCUGUACCAGGGGGUUGCAUGAGUGAGCCUCAGUGAUCUAUUCUAAAACACUGACUAGGGAGAGACUGCUUUAGUCACUUUUCAUUAACACAAAUUUAGGGAACUUUGUUUGGGAACUUAAAAAAAUUCCAGGUGUUAUUCUGAUAUUUUAUGAAGAAAAUAAGGAAUUUCAAAAAGAGUCCCUUGGAUAUACCUAAGCUAGUAAAUUUUAUGAUGGAAGGAGUUAGGGAUAAAGAGUACAGACAUUUUAGUUGUAGUAAGAACACUAGCUGCUGUAUUGUGGACUAACUGGAUCUUUGUUUAUGAUCCUUCUGAAACAUCCAAACAGCAAGGCAUUGCAACCUGCACUGAUGUGAUCAAACAUAGGCACAUUUUAUUUAUGUUGACCUAAGAGGUAGGAUCAUUCUUUUAUGGUAAAUCAAGUACAUAUUUUCCUUUACAUACAGAACUUGGAAAUAAUCUGCACUAAAGAAUCUUUUAUCUCUAAAAUAAACUCCUUCAGCUGAACAUGAAAUGGUUAAACAGCCAUUAGCUGUAUGAUGAUCAUUGUUUAUUGCUUUUGAUUCUCAUUUUUAAUACUUAAUAUUAGUUUGAAUAAUAGGUAUGCUCUUUAUAUAAAUAUUAACUUUGUAGAAUUUUUAUUAUUUAAUAACAGAUAUGAUGGGAAUGACAGA